AUGUACAAAACCAUGAUGGGUGUUCCAUUUCCUAAUGUAGAAAUAUCCACAACCAAUAUUGUACAUCUUGGUAAAGUACGAAUCAUUAUUCUAUUAUCUGGAAUACAAUUUGUUUGCAGUUUACCACAAAAUAAUUAUCCAAAUUAUCAAGAACCAUCAAAAUUAUUAUUACCACCAUUAGCACCUCCUACUAUAUCAACCAGAAUAUUACCACCAUUACAUUCAAAUAUAUAUACAAAUGGAUUACCUGAAAGUAAUGGUAAUUUAUUCAAUUCAUUGAAUACACCAGAAGCAGAAAAUUAUUAUGCAAACGACAGAUCUUCAGCAGGAUCUUACUAUCAUAAUCCAUUCUUAAAUAACUUCCAUGCAAAUGAAAAUCCAACAAAAAUUUUGGAUCCACCACCAGUUAAAGUACCAGUUAGUACUCAAAGACCGGUAACAUCUACUACUACAAAAGAACCAAUAAUUUUGCAACGCCCAAAUGCACCCUUAAGUUUAGCCGAGUGGGAAAAUUAUAAUAUACGUGAACCAUAUGGUCCUGGUACAUAUGCAUGGGGCUAUGAUAUUGAAGAUCCACAAACGGGUAAUGUACAAUUUCGUAGUGAAGAACGUCAUGCAAAUGGUACAGUUACUGGUAGUUAUGGAUAUUUAGAACCUAAUGGCAAUGUUCGAGUUACUCAUUAUAUUGCUGAUGGUCGAGGCUACAGAACUCGUGUUGAAAAUAGUCAAUACAAAUCAUUACUUCCAUCUUUCCGGCGUGCACCAACUACUCAACAAUCACCUUCACCACAACUAUUAGCAGCGAUACAAAGUCAAAAAAUUCAACAACAAAAUCCAAAUUAUUCCAUACGUGAUCAAUAUCAACGACCAAUCGAUCAACAAUAUCAAGCGACCAAUGAUAAUGCGAAAUUUAACUAUUUUUUCAUUCCGACCGAUAAACAAUUUUAA